GGCUUCCUGUGGAAUACGACAAUAAAGGACUGGGUGCUAUUGUAAGUUUUGGCGGGGAAUUUCUAAACAAAAAAUAUUCUGCCUAGGUAAAACAUUACUUGGCUUAUCGAAAUAGAUAAAUGAUGUCAAAACAAGGAGGAUCACCGGUUGCAAACGAGUGGAAAAGACCUUCAGGAGUAAUAAAGCUCAAGGUUAAAAAACGCAGAACACUAGAAACCUGCAGCAAGUCCAACGUUCUGAGACCAUUGAAUUCGACCAAGGAAAACGAUGGCCAUGUUACGGCGGUCAAACGGCGAAACCCUUUCGGUUGUCCUCCCCAAAAAAGACCCAAUCUGAGAAAAGAGACAGUGGAUGAAGAACAUAAUAGAUUAUUCCAGGCCCUGAGUGAGCGUACAGAGGCAGCAACUUGUUCUGCAUCUAAAGAAAAUGAUUAUAAAUCAGAACAAAAGAAAAUGCGGAUAGCUUCUAUGUCUUUUGAACAACAAACAACAAGUUCAGUUCCCCCAGAUACUGAUGAUAUUGAAGAAACUGAGGAAGUCGCUGGAAGCUCUAACACUAUUCCUUUGGACUGGAGCUUGAAGACCAAAGUACGAUUUACUUCCUCGCAGAGUUUCAGCUGGGUUAGUUCGCUUAAAAGCUCAGAGCUAGCAGAGGGAAUAUCGGAUUUCGUCCGCUGUGAACCUAAAGAAUUUGAUGACCUUGAUGAGAACAUGGACUUCAAUCAAGCAAGAACCUUGUUGCAUAAAAUAUGUAGAAGUUGGGCUCACCCUUUUUUGCCAUGGUUGAAGCUUUUCCCAAGAAGUAACAACAAUGAAAAAGCUUUAGCAGAACCUAGGCAGACGAACACUCAGAGCAAUGUUUUUGUUGACGAAUCUCUUGCCAGCUCUCUUCAGGCAGACUGGGUUAAUAGCUUUCAUUCAGUCUUUAAUUUGCUUCGCUGUGGGAACUGUCCAUAUUUCUUUAUGUGCGCCAAUCAGUGUACCAUGCUUUUUCGUGCGGCGGGAAUCUCUUCUGAUGAUGUUGAUGUGGAUGCAGUCAUCACCCCAACCACAAAGGGGCUUCGAGAGGCUUUGAAAAAUGAAGGAAUAGACUUCACCCUGCCACACCUAAGUACCCCUACCCAUGGGGAGCCAUCCACAUCCAGUAGUGACUCAGAAGAUGAAGCCACAAGUGACUGCGAUGACGAGGAUGAUGCAAGUGAUGGGGGAGAAUGGUUAGAAAGCAUGGGGCUAGGAAAAGAACAGUUCCCUACUUAUGAACCCAAUAAACUCACAACUACACAGACUGCAAAAAUCAGAACUACUGACCAGAACCCUGCAUCAACAGUUUAUGUCAGGGGGCAAGACACUCGAGCACUCUUUAAUUUUAUAUUGAACUGGAGAAGUAUUGUCCCCAAAAAUGGGCAGUUGGCUGGGGUGCCGCCAACACUACUGGCUCCUGUUGCUUUUGAAGGAGCUACGCUGAGGUCUCUCAAAGUGAAUCAGGGAACUGUCAAACACCAACAGUCCAAAGGAUUGCAACAGCUCUUCAGUUUGGAGAUAACAGGCCCUCUGAUGCCUUCAGUGGUGCAUGACAUUUGUUGCUUGAUCAAGUCCACUCAGGAGGGUAGUUACCAAGCAGCAUUUGUACCUCAGCAGAACUCUGUGGCCAUUAACUUUGUAUCACAGCCUUCAGUGACAGGCUCAAGGGCACUUGCUUCUCACAAACUAGGCAUAUCAGAGACAAACUGCAAAUACUUUAGUCAGGAGCAGACUUUGAAUAAGGCAAGUUUGAAAGAGUUGACAUGUAAAAAUGGGAAGUUUAGCUGGAAACAAACAUCUUAGCAGUUCUGCAUUCUAAUAAAAUAAUCUUCAACUCAAAGCCCACCCAAAGAAACACAAGAAACUUUUUUCUAUUCACAUUUUAUAUUUUUAAAAUAAGGUAAUGCAUGUGCAAGCUAAGCAUAGAAUUACAAUAAUGUUUUUAUUUUAUGUACACAGAAUUUUACACUAUACUUUGUAGCUUUAGAAUGAGAAUGAAAUAUACAGUAGUUGUCACAAA